AUGUCUGAUUCUGAAGAACAAAAACCAAAAAUCAUUGAUACAAGUAAAUUACAAUUGGAUGAUCCAGAUACUAAAAUAGCACCCAUGGUGAUCCCUGAUAAUAAUCCGGACCUUAUAUCUGCUGAUAGCGAUUUGACGGUAGAUUUACCUGACAAUAUAGAAACGAUAGAUUUGGUUCAUUUGAAAAUACGAUCGUUAGAAGACUUGAAUCUAUUGAGAUUCAAGCAAUUGAAAAUUUUAUGUUUAAGACAAAAUUUAGUAGAAAGUAUUUCAGAAGUAGAGGUUUUGCCUGCUGAUACCCUUGUAGAAUUGGAUUUUUAUGACAAUAGAAUAAAGCAUAUUUCAGCUAAUGUGAAUAAAUUGAUCAAUUUGGAAAGUUUGGAUUUCUCAUUCAAUAAGAUUAAAAAUAUUAAGAAUAUUGACAAAUUGGUCAAUUUGAAAUACCUUUAUUUUGUUCAAAACAAGAUUUCUAAAGUAGAAAAUUUAUCUACUUUGAAAAAUUUGGUUUCACUAGAACUCGGUGGUAAUCGUCUUACAGAUCUACACCCUGAUUCUUUUGUAGGAUUGGAUAAGUUAGAAGAAAUUUGGUUAGGUAAAAAUAUGAUCCCUCGUUUAAUAAACUUGUCUCCUUUAAAAUCAUUAAAGAUUUUAUCUAUUCAAGGUAAUAGAUUGAAGAAACUGGAAGGAUUAGAUGAAUUGACUAAUUUGGAAGAAUUAUAUGUAUCACAUAAUCAAAUUUCAAAGAUUGAAAAUUUAGAAAAAAAUUUAAAAUUAACUACAGUUGAUAUUUCCUCCAACAAGAUUACUAAGAUUGAAAAUGUUUCUCAUUUGAAAAUGUUGACUGAUUUAUGGUGUUCUUUUAAUCAAAUUGAUCAAUCAUUUGAAUCAUUGGGUGAAGAAUUAAAAGAUUUAUCAAGAUUUGAAACAAUUUAUUUGGAAGGUAAUCCGAUUCAACUAAAUAAUGAGACUUCUUAUAGAAGAAAAUUGAUUUUGAAUUUACCAAAAUCUUUGAAUAAAAUUGACGCUACUUUUAUUCGUGAUUAA